GUCUGUUCUUGUGGUCCUACCUACAGUGACCAGCUCGGUGUCUGAACCCGGGAGGAGCAGACGUGGGACAGGGAGUUUCUGGGAGAAUGCUGGUAAUCCCCAGGAAGAGACAUGGAGGAUUUGGGUGAAGUUGCUUUACCCAAAUGGUGCAAAGACUGUGGUCAUGGAGGAUCAGAGCCACAAACUCCAGAACAGAGUUUUUCUUUACAGCAGCCUUGUAAAAUGUGUGGGGGCAGCUCGGAGACCUUGGGCAAGUCAUCAAUUUCCUCAUUUGUAACAAGUGAUUUAUGGAAAGCAUCUGGUACAUGUUCUGCCAUCUAGGGAGUCUGCCCUUUUCCAAAAGGGGUAUCUUUAGGAGGAGAAUAUGGCUGCUCUUCUUCAGGUAGCAAAAUCCCAGGUGCUUCAGGGCUUAUCCUUCAAGGAUGUGGCUGUGAACUUCACUGAGGAAGAAUGGAGAGAACUGGACCCUGCUCAGAGAGACUUGUACAAGGAUGUAAUGCUUGAGAACUAUAGGAACCUGGUCUCCUUGGGAUUUCCAUUUUCUAAACCUGAUAUCAUCUCCCAAUUGGAACAAGCAGGAAACCCAUGGAUGCAGGAGAGAGAAGUACUAAGAAGCAGCUGCACAUAUUUGGAGACCAGAAAGUCAAACCCAAAGGAGGUAUUUUCUGAAAAAGAAUCAUGCCAGGGGAUAAGUAUGGAGAGAAGCACAGGGGCUGAUGCAAGGGCUUCCAGUUUGAAGGAAGCCUGGGGAUAUGCAGAGAUCAAAGAGAAUGGUCAAGACAGACUCUGGAAAGAAGCAACAGUUAUCUGCAAGAAAAGAACUUCUAGAACUGAUACUCAUAGUGAAGAAAACAAUUUGAAAUAUAAUCAGUAUGGGAAGACCUUUGGUCAUGGUAUACACCGCACUGAACAUCAGAAAACUAAUAUUGGAGAGAAGUCUUGUGAAGAUAGGAAAGGCUAUACCUGGAACUCACACCUUACCAAACAUCAUCAGAGUGUUCAUGGUGGGAAGGAAUAUAAUGUGCAUGAAAGAGCCUUAAUUCAGAAUGCACCAUUUAUUCAACAUCAGAGAACCCAACAUGGAGAGAAACCUUAUGAAUGUAGUGAAUGUAGAAAAACUUUUGGUAAUUAUUCAGCCCUUACAGUACAUCAGAGAAUUCAUACUGGAGAGAAACCAUAUGAAUGCAAGGAAUGUGGAAAAGCCUUUAAUCAUAACGUCUCUCUUAUCCAACACCAGAGAAUCCAUACUGGAGAGAAGCCCCAUGAAUGUAAUGAAUGUGGGAAGGCUUUCAUUCAGAUAACGCACUUUAUUCAACAUCAGCGAAUUCAUACUGGUGAGAAACCUUAUGAAUGUAAUGAAUGUGGUAAAGCCUUCAGUCACAAUUCAUCCCGUAUUGAACAUCAGUUUAUUCAUACUGGAGAGAAGCCCUAUGAAUGCAGGGAAUGUGGGAAAGCUUUUAGUCACAACUCUUCCCUCAUUGUCCAUCAGUUUAUUCACACUGGAGAGAAACCUUAUGAAUGCAGUGAGUGCGGCAAGGUGUUUAGUCAAAGCUCACACCUCUAUCAACAUCAGAGAACUCACACUGGAGAGAAACCUUACACCUGUAAUGACUGUGGGAAAGCCUUCAGUGAUCGAUCAGCACUUAUUCGACAUCAGAGAACUCAUACUGGAGAAAAACCCUACAAGUGUAGAGAAUGUGGUAAAGCUUUCAGCCAGAGCUCAACCCUCACAAAACACACAAAAACCCACACUGGAGAGAAACCUUACACCUGUAAAGAUUGUGGGAAAGCCUUCAGCCAGAGUUCUUCACUGACGCAACAUCAGAAGAUUCAUACUGGAGAGAAACCAUUUGAUUGUCACGAGUGUGGGAAAGCCUUCAGUAGAAGUGCCCAUCUUACUCAACAUCAGAGGAUUCACACUGGAGAGAAACCCUGUGAGUGUAAUGAAUGUGGCAGAGCCUUCAGGUGUAGUUCAGCCCUCAUUAGGCAUCAGAGACUUCACAGUGGAGAAUCACUCUGAAUGUGUGGUCAUUCAGACUCCUCACUUUGUUAAAUACCAAAGAAUCCUACUUUCAUGGGUUAUUAUAAUUGUGAUCCCUCCCUUUUUUAAAAAAAUGCUCUCCUCCCAUUUUCUUCUGCAAAGAAUUAGCUGCCAGAAUACCACAAAUCCAUGUGAAGAAAUACUGAUCUGAAAGCUGGAAUAGCCCAAGAAACCAACCAUCAAUCUUUCUGUGUGUGUGUGUAUUUUCAUCUGUACCUGAAAAUGACUGAUGUCACCAUGAAGUGAUUUUUUUUUUUUCCUGGCCCCAGGAGUAGGCUCUUCUGAGACACAAAGGAAUUCCAGUUGCUCAAACUUGAGCUCAUUGCCCCUCCUUGUACUGAUUGGAAUACUGCCAUGUCCAAGUGAAAUAGACUCAUGGUUGAUCGUAUAUUCAAACACCACCUUUCUAUAAAUCUUUGCCUUAAUAUACAAUCAUUCCUACCCCUAACAGUACUGUCCUCACUAAAAGGGCUACUUUGAAUGCUCCCUUCUCACUGACUUUCCCGUCCUUCUCUUCUAUUUAAAGUGCUUACACACUUUAGUGUUAGUUACAGCUUGAAGUUCAACAGGGCUUGAGUUUCAGAGCUGAAAAGCACAACUGAAGACAGAGGAAAAAGGGAUUUUUGUUCUGAAAAUUGUAAGACAAAAUACUCUGAAGAA